CUUUGCUCGUAAACAAGACUUUUAUUUUGGCUUUUUGCUACUCAGCUCCUCUAAAGUUGUAGCUAGCUAGCAAACCUGGGAAGGACUGGAUUAUCGCUGAGGCCAUGGCUGAAGUGCAGAUUCGUCGCUAUGAGGACGAGGAUGACGAGGACGUAAAGGACCUCUUCACGCUAGGAAUGAGUGAGCACGUCCCGUCCUCCUGCCUGCAUGUGCUCAAGCAGCCACAUACCCAGAUGCUUCUUGCAUGUGUGUUCUGUGCUCUGCUGGCCAGCUCCAAGUCUUUCCUGCUGCCCAUACUGGCAGUUACUCUCCUCCUGGCCGCAGGCCGGCAGGGAGUCAAUUAUAUAUUCUCCCAAUACAUCCAGACUUCCCUGAGCUUGGACCUCAAAAACAUACGCCAGACCUACCUGGAGAGGCCCAACUCCUGCUUCUGGGUGGCUGAGAGCCAGGGUCGGGUGGUGGGCACGGUGGCGUGCCUCCCUGCGGAGCGGAACGAGGGUUGUCUGGAGCUCAAGCGGAUGUCGGUAAAGCACUCUCACAGGGGUCAGGGCAUCGCCAAAGCCCUGUGCCGCGCUGUGUCAGACUUUGCCCGAGAACGGGGCUAUCCAGCUGUGGUUCUGUACACCUCCAUUGUCCAGACAGAUGCUCAGAAGCUCUAUGAGCAUAUGGGCUACAGGAAGGUCAGAGAGUUUGUCGUUCCAGAACUGAUGGCUAGGAUCACCAACUUCACAUUGUUUGAGUACAGGCUUGACUUGCAGCAGCCAGAAAACUGAGUUUUGAUUUGCUCUGUCCACUCAUUGUGUUUGAUUUUAUUACGUCAGUGUAUACGAUGUAAGCAAUAUUUAAUACAUAAUCAGUAUGUAAGACACAGCGAAGCGAACAGUUACUGCUUAAGCUGUGUAGUAAAGAAUUUUGUUUUGAAGGUGAAAAGACAAGAAUUAAGCAAAAAAGCAAAAGACUUGGCCUCAUUCAUUCUCCAACCUUUCUUAAGAAUUAUCUUCUCAAAAACCACUUGUGCAGUUUUCAAGAAGAUUCUUAGAUUCACCAGUGUUUUCUUAUUUGGGAUUUGUUCUUAGAUAAGAAGAGAAUCUGUGCAUACUCAAGAGCAUAAAGAUGGGAACAGUGCUGCAGUUUAAGAACACGUCAUGAAUCUGAUGUAGACUUUUCCUUCAGACUUUUCUCAAGAACAAACUUAAAAUUAAGGAAGAUAUUGGUGAGUGAGGCCCAAUGUGUUACCUAUACUUUUCAUCUCUGCCAGCAUAUAUUGCUACAAAUAAUCUUUAUAAAUAAUCCCAAAAAAGUGAAAAAUAAGUCUGAACAUUGUCAUAAUUAUAGAGAUUGCAUAUUUAGUGUACAAUUAUUGACGACUUGCACUAUGGUAUGGGGGUCCAUAGAGCAGUCAUUCUCAACCCUGGAGGCCCCUGCCCUGCACAUUUUAUUGUUUUGCCUUCUUCAACACACCUGACUUAACAAAUCAGCUAAUUAACAAGCAGAUACAGCAGGGGCACACAAAAUUGUGCGUCUCUAGGGCUGAGAACCACUGCGGCACAAUGUUUUCUGUAGUCCCACAGUCCAGCUGCUAGUGAUUGUUUCUAAAUCUUUUUCAUAAAACCUGCUGGUGGGUUUGUAUCCACUGGCUAACGGCUGCAUAUUGUAAAUGAACAUUUUAUUCGAUCUAUGUCAUGUAUGUGAUUAAAAAAAAGAUAUCAAAAUAUAAUAACACUUUUCUGUGCUGCUUUUUGUAGAACUGAUGCAGCUGCUGUGUGGGAAGUGUGAUUUACCAGGUGCAGAGAGCAUGUAGGUGCUGUGUGGGUCAUGAAUGUGAAACAAUGCUGGGUUCAGGCUGUGCCCUUUGUUCAGUCCCUCCUAGGGCUAUACAUUUACACACUAGAGACGUACACAGCUGAUAGGUCAUGCUCUGUGCAUAUCAGAGCUCCUGUGGUGUGUAGUGCUCCGUAGACUUGCACUGAUUUUUCCCUGAUUUUAAAAGGGCUGAUUCUAUUAAAGGUAUUUACACUUUCUGCAAAGAACAACCGAUUGUUCCUAGUACAAUGUAUUUUGGAUAUAAAGAUUUAAAAAAAAAGAAUCAAACCGAACAAACCCCAAAAAGUCUUACCAAGUGUUUAAUAUUCUGUGACCUGUAGCAGCACUGAUUUUGGUCAAAAUCAGUCCUCCUGACUGCUCUCAUCCAAGCUCGCUUCUCUUCAUUUGCAUUAACAAGAAUCUAAAUGAUGAGAAAACACCUAAUUCUUUCUAUUCUACACUUGUAAAUUUGGUCUGGCUACAGCAGCUGCUUUUAUUUUCCCAAUGCGACCGACUCACCUUACUUGCUUAACUGAAUUUUAUUAAAUAUAUAGCCUAAUACAGCAAGCUAACAUAGGUCCAUCAUAUUGGCAGAGAAUUGUUUGCUUAGUUAAUGGUUCCUAAAUUAAUGACAAUACGUACACAAUAUGUCUUGCCACAAGUAUGUGUAUUUUUGGAGUAUGUGUUUAGACAUCCAUAGACAUCCGUUCACUUAAUGUCUUUGUGAUGGAGUAGAAGAAUGGUGGCCUCAUGUCAGAAAGGCCUCACGUUGAAACUCUGCGCACAUGACUCUGUAAAGAAUGAUGUCCUCAGCCACCUAGGUGUCUAAUGGGCGUUUGAACACUGAACUCAUGAAAAUUUCUGGGUUUACAAACAGACGAAGAAGGUCUUCCAGUGCAGUAGUACACAUUUCAUGUGCCAUGAUUGUUUGCUAGUUUUCAGACAGUGACAGAGACGCUUUAAUUUUUGUAUUGUAAUGAGUAUAAAUGGCACUUUGUUUUCUUUAUCAUAAUGUGUGUAAAUAUAUCUGUAACAUUAAUCCUACCAGUAGUAAACAGGUCCUGUCAGUAAGCAAUCAACAAUAAACAUUUUGAAAAUGUAUUUUGUUUUUUUUUUUUACUGUAGCAAGCAAUGUCAUUGGUCUAUUGAUAAUAAAUAGUUUUAUUUUGCAAAGUA